CCAGGCUUUCGGGCGAGUCAGAACCCCCAAGUGAUCUGUCCCGCUUUGCAGGCUCCCAGCCGAUUAGAGCAAGGCGAAAUGAAGCCUCUUCCGGGCGCAGGCCCGGCCGGCUCAACCUGCCCCUGCAGCUCGGCUGAGGAGGCCUGUCGCCAUCUUGCAGGGUGGGCUGCGCCGGGGCCGGGGAGGACGUGGAGCCGCAGCGCGCGCCCCCUCGGGGGGAAGUGCGCGUGCGCACGGCCGACGGCUGCGCAGGGGUGGGGCUGGCGCCUGAGUGCGCGUGCCCAGUGCGAGCCCGCGAAGCACCUGGCGGAGGUGGGGGGCGAGGCCGAGUGCAGGAAGCCAAGGGCGCGUGCGCAGCGGUGCGGCCGCGCGGCCAGAAGGCGCUGCGGAGCACGCGCGCAGAGGCGGGGCUCGCUCAGACCUCGCGAGAUUUCAGGAGGCUAUAUAUAAGCGCGGGGAGCCCGCGUCCUUUCCCUGGCGUGAUUCCGUCCUGCGCGGCUGUUCUUUGCAGCAGUGGGCGUCCUCUCUCCGUCCUUCUCUCCCGCCCGAGUUCGUCCCACCGCCCCAUGGAAGAUUCGAUGGACAUGGACAUGAGCCCCCUGAGGCCCCAGAACUAUCUUUUCGGUUGUGAACUAAAGGCCGACAAAGAUUACCACUUCAAAGUGGACAAUGAUGAAAAUGAGCACCAGUUAUCUUUGAGAACGGUCAGCUUGGGUGCUGGUGCCAAGGACGAGCUGCACAUUGUUGAAGCCGAGGCCAUGAACUAUGAGGGCAGUCCAAUUAAAGUCACACUGGCAACCUUGAAGAUGUCUGUACAGCCAACAGUUUCCCUUGGAGGCUUUGAAAUAACACCACCAGUGGUCUUAAGAUUGAAGUGUGGUUCAGGGCCUGUGCACAUUAGUGGACAACAUUUAGUAGCUGUGGAGGAAGAUGCGGAGUCAGAAGAUGAAGAAGAGGAGGACGUGAAGCUGUUAACUAUGUCUGGAAAGCGAUCAGCCCCUGGCGGUGGCAGCAAGGUGCCCCAGAAAAAAGUAAAGCUUGCUGCUGAUGAAGAUGAUGAUGAGGAUGAUGAAGAUGAUGAUGAUGAUGAAGAUGAUGAUGAUGAUGAUUUUGAUGACGAGGAAGCUGAAGAAAAAGCUCCAGUGAAGAAAUCUGUACGAGAUACUCCAGCCAAGAAUGCACAGAAAUCAAACCAGAAUGGAAAAGACUCCAAACCAUCAACACCAAGGUCGAAAGGGCAAGAAUCAUUCAAAAAACAGGAAAAAACUCCAAAGACACCAAAAGGACCUAGUUCUGUAGAAGACAUUAAAGCAAAAAUGCAAGCAAGUAUAGAAAAAGGUGGUUCUCUUCCCAAAGUGGAAGCCAAAUUUGUCAAUUACGUGAAGAAUUGCUUCCGGAUGACUGACCAGGAGGCUAUUCAAGAUCUUUGGCAGUGGAGGAAGUCUCUUUAAGAAAAUAGUUUAAACAGUUUGUUAAAAUUUUCCGUCUUAUUUCAUUUCUGUAACAGUUGAUAUCUGGCUGUCCUUUUUUAUAAUGCAGAGUGAGAACUUUCCCUGCCGUGUUUGAUAAAUGUUGUCCAGGUUCCAUUGCCAAGAAUGUGUUGUUCAAAAUGCCUGUUUAGUUUUUAAAAGUUGGAACUCCACCCUUUGCUUGGUUUUAAGUAUGUAUGGAAUGUUAUGAUAGGACACAGUAGUAGCGGUGGUCAGACGUGGAGAUGGUGGGGAGACAAAUAUACAUGUGAAAUAAACUCAGUAUUUUAAUAAAGUAGAACUGUUACUCUUCUA